CCCACCCCCCUCUGAGAGAGGGGACGGAACGGAGAGUGCACAUUCACGGAGAGAAGACUGUUUCGGGAUCCCGGCUCUAUUUUCCGCUCCGAAUCCGGGCCUAUGCUGUAGCAGACAGCGCGGGAGGAGAGCGAGACUGAGAGACACCGCGGCGACCGAGAGCAGGAGAGGGACAGGGCGGACUGGGGACUCGACGGGACCGCUCAUUCGCCUGGAAACAUGGGGUGUACACUGAGCGCCGAGGAGCGCGCAGCUCUGGACCGGAGCAAGGCCAUCGAGAAGAACCUGAAGGAGGACGGGCUGGUCGCCGCCAAGGACGUCAAACUGCUCCUGCUCGGCGGCGGAGAAUCCGGGAAAAGUACCAUCGUCAAACAAAUGAAGAUUAUCCAUGAAGAUGGCUUUUCUGGGGAUGAUGUGAAGCAGUAUAAGCCAGUGGUCUACAGCAACACCAUCCAGAGCUUGGCAGCCAUCCUCCGAGCCAUGGAUUCCCUCGGGAUUGAGUUUGGAGACAAGGACCGGAAAGCCGAUGCCAAGCUGGUCUGUGAUGUCGUCAGUCGUAUGGAGGACACGGAGCCGUACUCCGCAGAGCUUCUCGCUGCUAUGAAGCGUUUAUGGGCCGACGCCGGGACUCAGGAGUGCUUCAACCGUGCCCGAGAAUACCAGCUUAAUGACUCUGCUCAAUACUACCUGGACAGUCUAGACCGAAUCGGAGCCCUGGACUAUCAGCCUACAGAGCAGGACAUCCUGAGGACCCGAGUGAAGACAACUGGCAUCGUUGAAACCCACUUUACCUUCAAAAACCUUCAUUUCAGGCUGUUUGAUGUCGGAGGUCAGAGGUCAGAGAGGAAAAAGUGGAUCCACUGCUUUGAGGAUGUGACAGCUAUCAUCUUUUGCGUUGCUCUGAGCGGAUAUGACCAGGUGCUCCAUGAAGACGAAACAACUAACCGGAUGCAUGAAUCGCUCAUGCUCUUUGACUCCAUCUGCAACAACAAGUUCUUCAUCGACACCUCUAUCAUCCUCUUCCUCAACAAGAAAGAUCUGUUUGCCGAGAAGAUCAAGAAGUCGCCGCUGACGAUCUGUUUUCCAGAAUACACAGGUGCUAACACUUAUGAAGAUGCUACUGCAUACAUUCAGGUUCAGUUUGAGAGUAAGAACCGUUCUCCCAACAAGGAGAUCUACUGUCACCUGACCUGUGCCACAGACACAGGAAACAUCCAGGUAGUGUUUGAUGCCGUCACUGACAUCAUUAUUGCAAACAACCUGAGAGGGUGUGGCUUAUACUGAGGCCGGGCCAGAAGCACAGAGGUUGUCGUGGAGUGUGUGAGGUGUUAAUAAUGAUCAUUUUUGAGGAUACUUAAACACGUAAAAAAAAAAUGUAAUUCUACAUGUCCAAAAUGGACCCAAAGAGCUGCCGUCAGACACCGCACCGGAUCAUCGCCACGUUUUGUUUCUUUCCUGUCGUUUUGAUUUGAAUAUAACCCCGCCCCUCCCCCAGUUUUAUUUGUUACAAACAUGAUCUGUUUUUGAGCUGAAUGUUUCAUCUGCUGUUGAGGACUGUGUGGGCUCAUCAGAAGCACCCGGGGUUCAUUCAGCAGGAGCCUUGUCCCCCUCCGAGCAGCCAAAUGCAACACAAGGAGUGUCUGAUGUCACUCCUGAACACAGAGUCAGAUGCACUCUCUAGAAGGCCCGCCUUGGGGCGUUUCCACUGAAUCCAGCCUCUGGUGCUGUUUGAAGGGCUGCAGUGUGUGAAGGUGGAAAUGGUGAGGAUGUCAGAGAGGAGCUGUGCUUGUGGCUGAGGGUCAUGGAUCUAAAGGAGGCUGUUAACUUUCCUCCAGACCCACACAUGACCGAGUAGCCUGCAGGUCUGCUCCGCUCUGUUUUUGCAUAACCAAACAAACAAUCCCUCUGUUCAGAGUGGCUGCUCGUCGCCAGUGGCCUCCUGUAGCAUGAAAAUAAUAAAAAAAAACAAUCAAUUAGCCAGUGAUGUCUCGAAAAGAAAAAAGUAAUAUUGGUACCGACCAUCUGAGAACGACAGGUGAACAGAAUCAGAAAUUAUAGUCCAAUCUAUAAACUAUAUUGUUAAACUAAUAUAUAUAUAUAUAUAUAUAAGAUUUUAUAAUGAUUAAAGGAUUUAUUCAUUUUCGCCUCAUGCCCUACAUGCCUCCUGUCUCCUGAAAUCCCGUGCCACAUAUUUAUUUCCUGUCAUGAAACACUGGCGUGCACCGUUAACCGUCCAGAGGGUGGGAAGCAGAUCUCCGACCACACCUCCUCUGUACAAACAGAAGACUGCACAAGGAAAACCUCAUUUGAGGCAGCCUCUAUUUGGGGAUAUUUUUUAACUCUUUUCCUUUCUGAUCAGCGAACACGGACCCCCCUCCCCUCUCACACACACUCCACUGUCUGUACAGCCCUUCAUAUUCACAGGUGCACCCAGACUCACCCUCCCAUCCUUGCACUCUUUUAACUCAUUACAUAUCACUCCUCUCAUCUUAACUCCAUUUUCACCUUAAAAGCACCGUACUGUAUAUAUAUAUUAUGACACCACUUUGUUUUUCUUUUUUUUUUACUGUGAAUGUUACUGUGCUGCACCCCCUCCUCCCCCAUCCUAUUCAGUAGUUUAUUGGUUGCUCUCAUGUGGAAUGUUUGUGCUGAGCCAAUCGAAUGUUGUGUUUACAUUAAAGCCACACUUUUCCUAACUA